GAUAUUCGGAGAAACGAAUCCCUGUUAUAUCUCUGGUAUGCAGAAGUGGAGCUUGCAAAUUGUUCUCAAGAUGGUUCGGAGUCAUUGCUCCGUGCUUUGCACAUUUUAUCUUGCCUAGGAAGUGGUAUGAAAUACACUCCUUACAAAUGUCACCGCCCAAGCCUGAUGCAGCUGAAAGCUCGACAAGGAUUUAGAGAGAGACUUAAAAUGCUACAUUCAUCUUGGAGCCGAGGUGUAAUAGAUGACCAGUCAGUUUCCCUUGUAUGCUGUGCUGCUUUGUUUGAGGAAAUAAGCACUGGUUGGACAGCCAGUGCUGAAAUCUUUGACGAGGCAUUUUCAAGGGUUCUUCCUGAAAGAAGAAGGAACAGCCAUCAUCUAGAAUUCCUGUUCAAUUAUUAUCUAAACAUGCUUUCUAAACAUCUCAGUGAAGUCAAACUAUCAAAAGUAUGGGACUCUAUUGUGGAUGGGCUGCAGAUAUAUCCUUUCAGUCCAAAGCUUUAUGGCGCAUUAGUUGAGAUCGGUCAUCUUUACAGUUCCAUGAAUACUUCAACAAGAAACCAUCAGUCAUUAAUUGGCUCUUCACAUUAACGUUUGAGAUGAGUAGAGGUGGCUCUCAGCAUAGAAUACGCAGAUUUUUUGAGAGGGUAUUAACAAAUGAGAAACUAUGCAACUCAGUGAUAAUUUGGCGCAACUACAUUGCAUAUGAACUCGAUAUAACUUGUGACACAUCAGCUGCAAAAAGAGUUUUUUUUCGAGCAGUCCACGCUUGCCCCUGGUCAAAAAGGUUAUGGCUUGAUGGUUUCCUCAAGCUGAACACCUUUUUAAGUGCAAAGGAGCUUUCAGAUCUCCAAGAAGUAAUGCGGGAUAAAGAGCUCAAUUUAAGGACAGACAUCUAUGAAAUUCUCCUGCAAGAUGAGGUGGAGUGCUGAUAGUGUAUACUUGUGUUUGUACCUCUUCUCUAUCACUCUUACAUCAAACUGUUGGAUCGCUUUUGUUAUAUUUUCAAUGUUUUACCUGUCUUUUUCCCUUUAGAUUUUUUAAAUGUGUAUUUUUUUUUUUCAAAAUAAAAUUGAAUUAAUUAUUAAAAAUAAAGGAUCAAUGAGAAAAAGUAGAAUAAAGGAAAAAAAGAUAAAGGAAAAGAAAAGGGGGAGUCGGUU